AUGAACCACGGGUACGCGCACAACCAUGCGGGGUUCCCGUUGCGCUCGGACUUCUUCCGCAGCCUCCCCCUGGCCAAGUUCAAGAACGACAAGCUCUACCGGUUAGCCAAGGCUAACGCGCUCGCGUGCUUGAAUCAGUCGUUCAACGACCAGUGGAGGUAUGUUCCACCCGAGAAGGACGGCACGCAGAUCCGCAAGGACACGAGCAACAUGGCCGUCUCGUACCGGCUUGUGCGUGCAGCCACGGUGCUGCGCUGCCAGGAGCACGAGGUCAACCAGGUGAUCGCCAACACCCACUCCGAGAGCUGGCGCGAGUUCAUGCGCAAGUGCUUCGGCAAGUACUACAUCGACACCCUCAUCCUCCACAACGUCGCCAAGCCCAACGAUGACAACACCAGCUCGACAACCACCACCAGCUCCAGUGAUGCAGCCAAACGCGCUGCUCGCUCCAACAGUCAGCCGGAAGGAAGUGGCAGCGGAGAAAACGCAGACGUGACUCUGGAUAAAGACGUCCCAGGUGAAAGCGAGGGAAGACGCGGAAGCGUCUGGGACAAAGGAGCCAACCACGGCACCGAGUCGUAUCACGGCACCGAGUCGUAUCAACACCAACGCCGGAACUCAGAGGCCAGCUCGGUGGAUACGCCAUCAGGCAAAUUGGCGUCGGAGUGCAGCAGCUCCAACACUGAAGAGCGACUGAAGGAAGAGGCUGCCGCUGCAGCGGAUGGCCUAGGUGAACAAGCUGAAGAACUGCUGACUGUAAAGUGGGCGGCUUUCGAGACGGGCGUCUCGGGGAAGCGUGACGUCUGCCUCGUGGACUACCUCUCGUUGGCUUACAUCCCCAACUCGGAGCCUCGCCAGCGUGUCCAUGUUUGGUGCUUUACGUCUGCAGACGGUGAUCGCGUCGGCUGCAUGGAGCUCAAGGACACUCACCACGUGACGCGCACGAAGCUCACGAAGCUGGGUGUCUUCUGGCGCAAAGUCUCCGAGGACGAGACGGAAGUGAUCGUCUGCGGCAGCUUCCCAUCCAAGCACGCGCCGAUGGUCAGCGCUAUUUUGUUGGGCUGUCUCAAUCGGCUGCAGGGCAUUGUGGAGGAUCUGCGCAUGAGUAGCCAGCUCUACAUCCAGCGAGCAACGUGGGUCAAGAACAACGAGCGCACCACGUGCAACCUCUGCACGCGAAACUUCCAUGCGUUGCGACGCAAGCACCACUGCCGUCGAUGCGGUGAGGUUGUGUGCUCGGACUGUUCUACGGUCGAAACGAUCGACCUGCCAGCUAUCGGCUACUCCAAACUGAGGCUGUGCAAAGUCUGCUCCAUCCGAGCUCGCACCACUCCACUCAGGCAGGUUGCCAAAACCAACGUGUUCGACCACCUCGUGCGCGCACGCAGCCUCAGCAACGUUGGGUCGUCAGGGGCGACUUCGUCUUUCACUCGCUCGUCGUACACGGAGAACAACCAAUUGAGUCACCACGAGGACAGCUACAGUCACAGCACCACCUCGGACAUGGCCCCAUCCAACCACGAUGGUCCGAUGACUUCGCGUGAUUCCUUCAACGAGUACACCAUCUCCACACACAGCCCUGAAGCAAGCGAUGCCCCAGUGGAUAUCAACGACGUCACAGCCGUGGUGCACCCCAUGAGUGCGCUUUUGGGCUCCCCUACGGAAGAAUACGACGACUUCAUCGACGAGCGUUGUCUGAAGACGCAACUGUGCGCCAUGGAGCAGAAGAAGCGCUCGACCGGCAGCAACAGCAACAUGUUUGACCUUCUGUGCGAGUUGGCGUGCCAGACACUCAACUGCCCCGUUGCUUCGGUCUCGAUCGUGGACGACAAGGACAACUUUAUCCGCUCCGCCGUCGGACUCGAAGGGAACUCCACGCUGGACGGUGAACUGUCCGUCUUCAUCGAAAAGAUCAUGGGCUCGACCCCGACCAUCGUGCUGGACGCCAGCGUCGACAAGCAGGCGCUCAAGUUUUUCUCGCUGCGAUCGCUGCCUGCUAUCCGCUUCUUCGCCGGCUGCCCGAUCUACUCGCGUACUGGGAAGAAACUCGGGUACGUCUGUGUGGCCGACUUCUCCAAGCGCGACACGCUUGGAGCUAGUUGCGCGUUCACGAUGGAGAGACUCGCCACCCUUGCAGUCACCACGAUGGAGCGCAACAUCACGAUCAAAAACAACAACAACGCCAAUAAUAACAACAGCAACGACGUCGAGGUGGCCGACUUCACAAAGCGAGUGCCACCGCCGAAUCCCAUGCACCCAGCAAUGCUUUUUGAUCGACCUGGCUCCGCGGCUAAAAGUCACAGCAGUGGCAAAGGCUCGAGUGCUCACUCAGAGGCACUGGUCGGGCGCGUGUACGAGAUUGUGGAAGACGAGAUGCCGCCAGUGACAACGCCGUCAACUGUGAACUUGAAUCCCGCGGCGAAUGCAACGCGGUCUGGCUCGGGUGAACGAAGUGCGGGCUACUACGAAGCGCAAGAACGGAUGCGUAAGCUGCUGCUCAAGUCGUACCACACGCAGCAGCAACUAGCGACUGGCGGAACGCAGUAG